AUGGGGAGAGGGCAUGGGAGCUGGGUGCCAUCAAGGACCCCGGCCAGGUCCCUCUCUGGAGCUCCGAUCGGAGGCGCGAGGGGAAGGCUGGCCACGAUGUCACCCUCGGGGCUGCUGCGGGGGGCCUGCAGGACCACACUUAUCUCCCUGCUCCUGGUCUGCUGUCUGCUGCCCCCAGGUGCCCAGGGGCAGAAGUUCCCACUGAGGGUGGAGCCCCAGAACCCCGUGCUGCCUGCAGGAGGGUCCUUCUUGGUGAACUGCAGCACGGAUUGCCCCAAGCCCAAACUCAUCACCCUGGAGACAUCCCUACCCAAGAAGCCAGUGGGCAAUGGCCUGGGCUGGGCAGCUUUCCAGCUCAGCAGUGUGACCAGUGACAGCCAGGUCCUCUGCUCCGGCUUCUGCGAUGGCUUCCAGAUGACAGCCUCCUCUGACAUCACAGUAUACCGGUUCCCGGAGCGCGUGGAGAUGGCCCCCCUGCCCCGCUGGCAGCCCGUGGGCGAAAACCUUACCCUGCGCUGCCAGGUGGCCGGCGGGGCGCCCCGGACCAACCUCACGGUGGUGCUGCUCCGCGGGGAGGAGGAGCUGAGCCGGCAGCCGGCCGUCGGGGAGCCCGCCGAGGCCACGGUCACGGUGCUGGCGGGCAGAGACGACCACCUCGCCAAUUUCUCGUGCCGCACGGAACUGGACUUGCGGUCCCGAGGGCUGGGUCUGUUCCAGAACAGCUCGGCCCCCAGGCAGCUCCGAACUUUCGCCCUGCCCGUGACCCCCCCACACCUCGUUGUCCCCCGGCUCUUGGAGGUGGGAACGACAUGGUCCGUGAACUGCACCUUGGACCGGCUGUUCCCGGCCUCCGAGGCCCAGGUCCAACUGGCGCUGGGGAACCAGAUGCUGAAUCCUGCUGUCGAGAGCCAUGGGGAUACGAUCACGGCCACAGCUACAGUCACAGCGAGCGCGGAGCAGGAGGGCGCUCGGGAGAUUGUCUGCAACCUGACAUUGGGGAGCGACAGCCGGGAGGCCCGAGAGAACUUGACCAUCUACCGCUUCUGGGGGCCCAUCCUAAACCUGAGUGAGUCCAGCGCCUCUGAGGGGACCAAAGUGACUGUGACUUGCGCGGCCGGGGCCCGAGUCCAGGUCACGCUGGACGGAGUUCCGGCUGCGGCCCCUGGCCAGCCUGCCCAGCUUCAGCUAAUCGCCACCGAGAGGGAUGACAGGCGCAACUUCUCCUGCAAUGCCACGCUCGAGGUGGACAGGGAGAUCUUACACAGGAACAGGAGCGUCCAGUUGCGUGUUCUGUACGGUCCCAAGAUUGACCAAGCCAAAUGUCCCCAGCGCUUGACGUGGAAAGACAGAACCACCAAUGUCCUGCGGUGCCAGGCCCGGGGCAAUCCGGACCCCCAGUUGCACUGUUUUCAGGAAGGCUCCCAGAAUGAGGUGCCCGUCGGGAUUCCAUUUACCGUCAUGUUAAACUAUAGUGGUACCUACUCCUGCCGGGCGGUCAGCUCUCGAGGCACACACACUGUGACCGUGGUGAUGAACGUUCAGGGUCGGAAUGCCCAUGCUGUCACCAUCGUCAUGGUGGUGUUAGUGAUCCUGGGGUUGGUGACUACCACUGCGGCCUUAGUGUACGUCUUCGGGUUGCAGAAGAGGAGUGACAUUUACCAAGUGAACCAGGGGAGCACUUGGUUGCCCCUGACGUCUAGGCAGCCCGAGGAGGCUGUGGGGGAGGGGCCGUCCUGAGCUUCGAACCUGGGGGAUGCUGGACCAACGACGAUAGGGGUUUGGCUGUAUCCCCGGUUCCACACCAAUAAAGCCCUGAAAAUCCGGA